AUGAAGAUGCAGACCCAUAAGUUUCUGUUAAUUCUGAUGAUGCUAAUCAUCACCAUGAUCUUUUCUCAAGCCAAUGCCCGAACCCAUGUGACUGAAUCAAUCCUGCAUCAAGUGGCUGCUUCCCUGGAAAUGUUCGUCGAUGAACUCCCACGAAUGCCCACCGUCUAUGGUUUCAGUUAUGACCACCACGGGUCGCCAACUCCUGCACAUCCCACCAUAGGCAUGUUUCAGAAGAAAUGGAAAUUCCACCGUGAUUUGCCUGCAACAAGAGUGUUCGCGUACGGGACAUCUCGGGAGGCCGCCACCGUACCUGGCCCCACAAUUGAAGCCAUCCAAGGAGUACCAACUUAUGUGACGUGGGAAAAUCACCUCCCUAAAAAGCACAUACUCCCAUGGGAUCCAACCGUUCCCACUGCCAUUCCCAAGACGGGUGGAGUCCCAACAGUCGUCCAUCUCCAUGGUGGGGUCCAGGAUCCACCCAACGAUGGAUAUGCUUUCGCCUGGUUCACUGCCAAUUUCAAAGAAACCGGACCCUUUUGGACCAAACCCACCUACUUCUACCCGAACGUCCAACAUGCAGGAAAUCUCUGGUACCACGAUCAUGCACUGGGAAUGACCCGGGCCAACCUCCUUGCUGGCCUGAUCGCUGCCUACGUCAUUCGUGACCCUAAAUUAGAAGCCACCCUGAACCUCCCGGCCGGGCCGGAGUUCGACCGGCACUUGUUCAUCUUUGAUCGGAGUUUUUGCAAGGACGGGUCUCUUUACAUGAACUCCACCGGCAACUACCCAUCCAUCCACCCUCAGUGGCAGCCGGAAUAUUUCGGGGAUGCCAUGAUAGUCAACGGUAAGGCCUGGCCGUAUCUUAAGGUUCAGCGCCGGAAAUACCGGUUCAGGAUCAUCAACGCCUCCAAUGCGAGGUAUCUCCGGUUACAUUUGAGCAAUGGCCUCACGUUUGUCAACGUGGGGGCCGACAAGUCCUACCUCCCUUCUCCUGUCCCAACAAAAAACAUACUCUUAUCACCUUCGGAGAUUGCUGAUGUGAUCGUCGACUUCUCGACUUCUAAAGCUGAUGAGGCCGUGUUGAUCAACGAUGCCCGGUACCCGUACCCGGAUGGUUCACUGGCGGAUCCACUUAACCGUAAAGUCAUGAAGUUUAUUAUUGCAUCCGGGAAGCCCAAACAACCGGACAGAUCAAGUAUUCCGGCUAGUCUAGUGAAGUACCCGAUAGCAACAACAGUAGGCGCAGCGAAGACAAGGUAUAUUACAAUGUACGAGUACCUGAGCCCUUCUGGAGAACCCACGCAACUCCUUAUAAACGGUAAAACACCGGAAGAUCCAGCGACGGAGACGCCAAAAUCCGGCAGCACUGAGGUGUGGGAGGUGAUAAACUUGACCAAUGACAGUCACCCAUUGCACCUUCACUUGGCUUCCAUUCAGGCAAUCAAGGUGCAGAAGCUUGUGAAGUUGGAUGAAUUCAAGGAUUGCAUGAGAGCCAAGAAUGAUGCACUUAAGUGCAACGUGAAGGCUCAUGCAACCGGAAAAGUGUUCAAGAUACCGGAUUAUGAGAAAACAUGGAAGUUCACGGUGAAGAUAGAGCCGGGAUGCCAAACGACGAUCAUCGCCAAAUUUUAUCUAGUCCACACUGGUGAGCCUUACCCGUUCGAUGCAACUACAGAACCUGGAUACCUCUACCAUUGUCAUAUUCUGGACCAUGAAGACAACGUCAUGGUACGACCGCUGAAGCUGAUUAAAUGAAGAAAGAUUUCAUAUUGAAUAAGGAAACGUCUGCUCGCAUAUUUGUCGUUAACUUAAUUCAGUUAAAACUGGAUUAAGUAUCAAAUCUUGUUUAAUAUAUUCAAU